AGGAGAAGAAAAAACUAACUCGAGAAUUUGAUGAGAAACAGCGUGAAGCAAAUGAAACGCUGCGGGAAAUGGAAGAAGAACUGAAGUAUGCUCCCCUGCCUUUCCGCAACCAAAUGAUGAGCAAAAUUCGGGCGUACAGAAGAGACCUCUCCAUGUUCCAAAGAGAGAUGAGAAGCACAGAUUUGGGAUUGGGCCCUGGAAGUCAAGGCGAUAUAAAAUAUGGAAUCUUCUCCACAGAAAAUGAACAGAGUACUAAUCUGCAGUCACAGAGGGUGCUACUUCUCCAGGGAACCGACAGCCUGAACCGAGCCAGUCAGAGCAUUGAGCGCUCGCACCGAAUUGCUGCUGAAACCGAUCAGAUUGGCACUGAUAUAAUCGAAGAACUUGGGGAGCAGCGGGAGCAACUGGAACGCACCAAGAGCAGAUUGGUGAAUACAAGUGAAAACUUGAGCAAGAGUCGCAAGAUUCUACGUUCCAUGUCCAGGAGACUAACCACUAAUAAGUUGUUGCUGUCCAUCAUCAUCAUCCUGGAACUGGCCAUCCUAGGAGGUGUGGUCUACUACAAGUUCUUUCGCAGCACAUGAAUCUCCAUGGGUGAGAAGAGCUUUUACACUGUUGAGGAACAAGAUGGGCUGUCUGUUCCCUUUGAUUGUCUGAGGAUUGAACUGUCUCCUGAGACAGCAGGUUCAACUGAAUCUGUACUGACACUAGAAAGACAGAGAAUGGGAAUAAAAGGAAAACGCAGAGACAGACUUGAACUACUGGUAAGACUAAGAAGAAGGUAAUAAAUAUUUUAUUGUCUCAGUUUGUAUAUACUUAACUAAGUGAAUAAAUCUUGUAAAGUAGCCACCAAUCAGUGGAAAA